AUGGCAGCGGGGUAUGGUCAGAGCGCGCAAGUCGAGGCCCAGGAACCACCCCGCUGCCCAUCACUGCGAAUGCAGUGCACUCACCAAAACGUCCUCAAUAGCCAAUCGUACACCUUCCGGAACAGCCCCGCCAUGAUUAUAAACGACGAGCACGAGUACGAGCGCGAUGAAGAUAUGCCAGCGUGUGUGUAG